AUGGUCUUACGUCACCAGUGCUCGAGGCGUGGGGGCGGUCCUCGUACAGUCACUCCCACGCCUCCAGCCCCCACGCCUCCAGCCCCCAUACCUCCAGCCCCCACGCCUCCAGCCCUACACCUCCAGAUCCCACACCUCCAGCCCCCACGCCUCCAGCCCCACGCCUCCAGCCCCCACGCCUCCAGCCCCACGCCUCCAGCCCCCACACCUCCAGCCCCCACGCCUGGCCCUCCCACACCUCCAGCCCCCACGCCUCCAGCCCCCAUACCUCCAGCGCCCCCACGCCUCCAGCCCCCACGCCUCCAGUCCCAUACCUCCAGCCCCCACGCCUCCAGCCCUACGCCAGCCUCCAGCCCCCACGCCUCCAGCUCCCACGCUUCCAGCCCCCACGCCUCCAGCCCCCACGCCUUCAGCCCAGAGACCCACAGGUGUAGAAGACUGCCUGAUGGGACUACUAUCUACCUGUGGAACCUUUAUAAAUUGUACCUUAUUCUCUCCUUAGAUACAAACAAGUAA